AUGAGCGCCAAGCAACCGGAAAGCGGGAACACUGGAGAUGCCAGGGAGGGGGAUGUCGAGAUGGGGGAGGUUGUUGGAGGGGAGCGUAUGCGACCUCCGCAGUCCCCGCCAAUUCCGUCCAUCCAACCGGGCGACUCCAGUGAACCCAGCGGUCCGGAAGCCGCGACGCUUGUGGAUCGUGGAGGUGAAACCGACGGGCGCGCAAGCGAGCCUGUGGAAGCCGAGGUCGAGGAGACCAAAGAGGAUGACCGGAUGAGCGACGCGAGCUCGACCGGCCCAGGAAGACCUCGGUUCUGGUUACGUCAGUACGGAGACUGUAUCAGGGUCAUUCUAGCCAUUGGCUUAAUCAGUUGA